UGUUGCGAAUUCUGCCUUACAUUUGUGUGUGGCCAAAGUAAUCUAUUUCAAGAAUAUUAGUAUAUGACGACUUUACCCUCCCCAAUUUCGUGUUGUUCCAAGAUAAUAUCGGAUUUUACAAGCGUACCCCUCAAAACCUCCUUCAAAUUGGAGGAAAGGAGAGGGCAAAAAUGUCAAUUACAUCCUAUAUAGUGCACAUGUUCAGUUGCUGCUGCCUCACUUUUUUCUGAAAAGCGGAAAAUAAAGAUCCGAGCGAAGCAGAGGAGCCCCUCGUCUAUCCACAAUCUCUCUCUCUCUCUCUCUCUCUCUGUAUCAAAUCGUUUUCUCUCUCUACAAAUCGAAUUUAGGGUUUUUCCUGCCCGUGACCGAGUCGACUCAGCCAUGAUUUCCGAUUCGAUCCCUAACGCCUCAAUCGCCAUGGCCUCAUCUAACCCCAAAGAUUUGGCGAAGAAGAAAAAGGGUAACCGUUCGGCGAAAUUGAAGCAGAGCAAACUCGAUGCUCGCCGGGAACAGUGGCUUUCUCAAGCGAAAAAUAAAGGGUGGGUGUGAAGAGGAAGUGAACUGUGGAGGGGGAGGGGGUACGCGAGGAAUGCACUCGGAUAACAAGAGAGGCAUGCCUAUCGAGAAGCUGGAGAUAAAGCCGAAAGUUGGAAGUAAGAUAUACAAAGAUGUAUCAUCCGUAAUGCAUCUGUACAGCGAUUCCGAUUCAUCUCCGUCAAACAGUCCCACGAGCCAAAGGAGUAUUAGCAAUUAUUCCGGUCUCAGUUUCACCGACAGUAGCAGAGGAAGUAGCAGUAGCGGACGAAGCAGUAGCAGCAGUAGAAGCAAUGGGUUCUUCUCGAUUGCUGCGAAUGAUAAUAGCAACGAUAGUUGCUUCGAUGAUUGGGAAGCCAUGGCUGAUGCCAUGGAUGCGAUUGAACGCAAGAAUCAAGAACACAGUCGUAACUUGCAGAAUGUUAACUCAAAGGCAGAGUUGAUGGAGAAAUCUCCGGUUAAUUGUGGGGCUUGGAGAGUGGAUGAUGCUUUUAGGCCUAGUAGCUUGCCCGAUUUGUCGAAGCAGUAUGGUUUUCCGUUGAAUACGGAGCUCCGUUUUGGGUGGGCGUGUAAGAAUGUGGGGCCUGUUCCGACGUCUUGCCCCAUAUGCUGUGAGGAUUUGGAUUGUACAGACACGAGCUUUCUACCUUGUUUGUGUGGAUUUAUGUUGUGCCUUUUCUGUCACAAGAGGAUUCUCGAGGAAGAUGGAAGAUGUCCCGGCUGUAGAAAACAGUACGAUGAGGUAAAUGUGGACGAGGGCAAUUUUGGCAUUUCGAUUGGCUCGUUUUCGUAGAAUGAUUGUCGAUGUUUCUUGGGUCUCUCGUCUGUGUAGGUAUGUGCUGCGUUUGUGUGUGUGGUGUUACUGUUGGAAUGUUUUUUUUACGGCAUUAGAUAUAUUAGUAUAGACGUUUUGAUUUUGGACCAAUGGGGAAUAAAUAAAUCAGUUCUCUUAUGGUGAUAUGUUUUAUAUGAUGAGGAGACCUUUUUCUUUUAUGUGAAUAAAUAAGAUGAUAAAAGCAAUGGUGAAUCUAUAUAUAUAAACUCUUCUUUGAUGAUU